UUUUCUGUAAAUCAGCACGGACAUGUUUUUGUGAAACACACAACAUUCAGGGAGGUCUAAGUUGCAUCUGUGGGACGUGGAGUUUUUUCAGUGAAUAAUCUGCUCGCUGUUGUAAAAACCUGACAUGUUUGUUUGCUAGCUGUGCGGAGGGUAAACUCCCUUGAGAAGGUCCGAGCUGCUGUCGAGUCAUGAGUGGAUCCAAGCCGGACAUCCUCUGGUCUCCCCACCACCCGGACCACUAUGUAAUCUGUGACUCUGAGCUGGGACUGUACCGCAUUGGUUCUGUGGGCAGUUCAGAAAACAAGGCUGGGGCUCUCCCACUGUCAGAAGAAACUGCUGCUACUUUACUAGCAAUUAACUCUGAUACACCUUACAUGAAAUGUGUGGCCUGGUACCCAAAGCAUGAGCCCGAGUGUUUGCUUGCAGUAGGCCAAGCUAAUGGAAGAGUAGUGCUUACCAGCUUGGGUCAGAGUCACAACUCUGCAUAUAAAGAACUAGUAGGCAAAGAGUUUGUACCCAAGCAUGCCCGUCAGUGUAACACAUUAGCCUGGAACCCUGUGGACAAUAACUUGCUGGCAGCUGGGUUGGACAAGCACAGGGCAGAUUUCUCUGUCCUCAUAUGGGACAUUAGUAGUAAGUUUUCUCCUGAAGCAAGUGCAGCAGCUGAAAAGAUCCGUCUCUCAUCUGUGGAUUUGGACUCUGGCACGGUAUUGACCAAACCAUUAUAUGAAUUAGGCCAGAAUGAUGCUUGCUUAUCCCUCUGCUGGCUACCUCGCGACCCAAAGCUUUUAUUGGCUGGAAUGCAUCGAAAUCUUGCAAUAUUUGACUUAAGAAACACAAGUCAGAAGACGUUUGUCAAUACGAAGGCUAUUCAGGGUGUGACAGUUGACCCACACUUUCAUGACCGUGUAGCCUCCUACUACGAGGGACAGGUGGCCAUCUGGGAUCUGCGAAAGUUUGAGAAACCUGUUCUUACACUGACGGAGCAGCCAAAGCCGUUGACUAAGGUGGCUUGGUGUCCAACCCGCACUGGACUUCUGGCGACUCUGACACGCGACAGCAACAUCAUCCGUCUGUAUGACAUGCAGCACACACCGACACCGAUCGGUGAUGAGACAGAGCCCACCAUCAUCGAGCGAAGUGUGCAGCCCUCUGACAGUCAGAUCAGCAGCUUUGCUUGGCAUCCAUCUUCUCAGAACCGCAUGGUUGUGGUAUCAGCAGCCAGUCGCAUCAUGACUGACUUCACUGUGUUUGAGCGGAUCUCACUGGCCUGGAGCUCCACUGCCUCACUCAUGUGGGCCUGCGGCAGGCACCUGUAUGAUUGCAUCGAGGAUGGGGCUAAAGGAGUGGAGAGCAUGAUUGAGAAAGACAUAGCCACUAAAAUGAGAGAGAGAUCUCAGUCCAGGUAUGGGCAUGAUACCAUCCAGGUUUGGAGGAACCACCUGUUAGCAGGCGGGAAUGAUCCCCAGCUCAAGUCUUUGUGGUAUGAUCUGUCCUAUAUGAAGCAAUGUGCAGAUGACCUGGAGCUGAAAUUGCAGGGAAACAAGCAGUCCGUAGUCUACUCUGGCAUCAAAAACAUCAUCAAGACCAGUUCAGGCACAACGGAAACACGUAGGUGCUGGAGCGGCUCAGAGCGUCUGGCAGAUGUGAUUCGGUACCACAGUGAAGAGCGCUGCCUUGCCCUGCGGCUCUGUGGCUGGAUCAGUCGGGGCUCUGACAUCGACGUGGAGCCUUUCCUACAAUUUCUGGAGCAGGAGUGUGAAUGGGAGCGGGCGGCUGCUGUGGCUCUUUUCAACCUGGACAUCCGCCGGGCCAUUCAGAUCCUCAACAAGGGAGCGAGUGCUGAGAAGGGUGAUGUGAACUUGAAUGUGGUUGCCAUGGCCUUGUCAGGUUACACUGAUGAGAAGAACUCCCUGUGGCGAGAGAUGUGCAGCUCCCCGAGGCUGCAGCUGAAGAACCCUUACCUCUGCAUCAUGUUUGCCUUUCUCACCAGUGAGCCUGGAGCCUACGAUGGUGUACUGGUAUUGAAUCUUGUAAUGUUAUGGAAUUUAGCACUGACCUUUGUGUUUAUUCUGGUGCACCAGGUGUUUGUUAGCUGCAACUUCUGUGGGAAAUCUAUCUCCUACAGCUGCUCAGCAGUGCCCCACCAGGGACGUAGUUUCAGCCAGUAUGGUGUCAGCGGCUCACCCACCAAGUCAAAAGUCACCAGUUGCCCUGGCUGCAGGAAACCACUGCCAAGAUGUGCCCUCUGCCUCAUGAAUAUGGGCACACCUGUUUCCAACUGCCCAGGCACGGGGAAGUCAGAUGAAAAAAUAGAUUUGACAAGGGAGAACAAACUUGCUCAAUUCAAGAACUGGUUCACCUGGUGUCACAACUGUCGACACGGCGGCCACGCUGGCCACAUGCUCAGCUGGUUCAGAGACCACACGGAGUGCCCGGUGUCAGCGUGCACCUGUAAGUGCAUGCAGCUGGACACCACGGGGAACCUGGUACCUUCUGACAGCAGCUAAACACCGCUGUACCCAUUGUGCCCAGAACUGGGCAAAGGACAAAGUGUGUCAGUGUUGACCAGCUCUGAAGUGACUGCCUCAAAAAUCCUUUAAUAGCCUAAUGAAUGUAAAAUUGUAACAGAGAACAUUAUGAAGAAGGGAGGCAUUGCGUGUUACUGAGCUGACUGAGUCAAUACAGAAUGGGAGCUAAUGCAACUCGCUCCUCGGGUAAUGAAAAUCUACAAUCCCACUCAGGAGGAACAACAAGAGGCUUUGCUGUAAUCAGCCUCUUCCAUUCUAACCUGAAUCAUGCUUUUAUUGUAAUCCAUUCAAAAUCAGUGUCCACUCUCACAUCAGGUUGUAAGAUGUGAAUGCGGGUGCCAAUACUUUUGAGCUAUAUUUUGUGGAUUUUGUUUAAUAUGAAGUUUACUGUCAAAGGAUCUUGGAAGCAUUGUUGGCGCUAAAGGAUAGUACCCUGGGUGACAGAGUAGCUCACAGAAACUCAUCAUGUUCCUCUUCUGGCAUUGUGUGCACGGGCUUCUAGCGUGAGGGCUUAUUGGGUGGAAUGGAUGAGGAACAGGAGGUUGGGGUGGUGGGAGAGGAUGAGGGUGCGUCUGUAUUCAUCUCCCCACACCAGGCCUGUGGUCUAUGAAAGACGCUCCCCAGAAAACAGCAGCUGCUCGGCACUCUGACAAGACCCUCCAGAUUGUUACCCUCAUAAAAAACCCUCCGCUGCCGGAACACUAUUGACUCAGAGAAGACCAGCGAGCAGGCAGUCUGAGCCCUGCCCCCCCGCCGCCGUUGACAUACACACACUUUCUCAGCCUUUCUUUUCCUCUCACUCUAGUGCCCAAAUUGCACUCAAACUAUGCAUACCAUACAUGAACCCAAGGAUUUGCGCCAUCUGUGGGGGUGGUAGUGGGGUGUGUGUGUGUGUGUGUGUGUGUGUGUGUGUAUAAACUGCAUUGUAAAUGGGUUUUCUUUUUUCUGACACCCUCUCUGUUGUGUCACUAACCCAGAGAGGCAUUGUAAGAGAGAGGCGGCCUGUAUCAGAGCUGGCUAAAUCACUUAGUCAUGGAGUGGUGAGGAGGAGGAGGUGAAGGGGAGCCGGAGCUACUGUAUGCAGCUUUCAACAGGAUUUCUUCCUGGUUGUUGGAGGUGUUGUAGACCUGCAUGAGCUUUUGUGAACUGUUUUGAGUGGAGCUGAAAUAUAGGUUUGCUGUGUAUGCAUCAUGAAAACAGUGUCAGGAAUUUCAGCCAUUCAGUGUUGUUUGCCUUUUGAAUAAAUAUUGACAUAUAAAU